GAAAUUGUCGAACGGUCCGGCCCAACCACAUUGAAUAAUCUUCUCCAACUGCUAUACACAUUGCGAAAUCAAAAGAAACAAUUAGUGAGCAUAAUCUUGCCACCAUCUCUCUUACUUUAGGCCAAAAAUAAUGGAUUUCUCACCUCUUCUAGUGGCAGUUGCAGGGAUUUUAGGAUUGGUACUAUUCUACAAACUAUGGAAGGAGGGGACUCAUAUCCACCAAAGUAAGCGCAGGCUAUUAGCCCCAGAACCUUCAGGUGCCUUGCCAUUCAUAGGGCACAUGCACCUGCUUGGCGGCAAACGGACCCUCGCUCAAACCUGGGGUGCCAUGGCUGAUAAAUAUGGCCCUAUCUUCACAAUCCGGCUUGGAGUGUUCCCUGCCCUUAUCAUCAGCAAUCAUGAAGCAGUCAAGGAGUGCUUCACUACUAACGACAGGGUAUUAGCUAAUCGCCCAAGAUCAAAUGCAGGAAUAUACCUAGGCUACGAUCAUGCAGGAUUUGGCUUUGCUCCUUAUGGAGAGUAUUGGCGUGAGAUGCGAAAACUAGCCAUGAUUGAACUUCUCUCUAGCCGUAGACUUGAGACAUUAAAGCAUGUCCAGUUCUCCGAGGUGAAUCAAUUUAUCAAAGAUUUGUACUCGUUUUACAAGAAAAAUGAACAAAAUCCAGACCCAAAGAUGGCGAUUAGUCAUAAAUUUGAAGCCCUGACUAUAAAUACGAUGAUAAGAUUGAUCACGGGCAAGAGAUAUUUCUCGGAUGCUGGUGGCAAAGAUGAAGAAGCAGCACAUGUCACAAAAGUUGUCAAAGAUUUCAUGUAUGUUUCUGGUCUUCUUGCUCCUUCGGAAGUGAUACCAUUUCUUGGAUGGAUGGAUUCCAUUUUCGUGGGACAAGUGAAAUCCAUGAAGCAUGUUGCAAAAGAGAUAGACUCCAUUGUUGGAACAUGGGUGGAGGAACAUAAAUUAAAGAGGCUUAAGAGUGAACCAGACGACGGUCAGGAUUUCAUCGACCUACUACUAUCUGCCAUAGAGGAGGAUUCCAUGUUUGGCUAUACUAGGGAAACUAUUAUCAAGGCUACGGUGAUGAAUUUAUUCUUGGCAGGCUCAGACACAACAUCCAUUACAUUGACAUGGAUUUUGUCCAACUUGAUGAAUAACAAACAAGCCUUGAGGUGUGCUCAAGAGGAGCUAGACCUCAAAGUCGGCAGGGACAGAUGGGUGCAAGACUCUGACAUUGAGAAACUGGUCUAUCUCCAAGCCGUUAUUAAGGAAACAUUGCGCCUAUACCCACCAGGGCCGAUAUCAGUUCCCCAUGAGGCAAGCGAAGAUUGUAGCGUCGGCGGCUACCACGUUCAAAAGGGCACUCGUGUGAUCACGAAUUUGUGGAAAUUGCAUCGAGACCCUCGAAUUUGGUCAAAUGCUAAUGAAUUUCAACCAGAAAGAUUUCUUACAAGCCAUGCAGAUGUGGAUGUUCUAGGACAACAUUUUGAGCUGAUCCCAUUUGGCUCUGGUCGACGAUCUUGUCCAGGGAUGGUAUUGGCAUUACAAAUAACACACUUGACAAUUGCUCGCUUACUUCAGGGUUUUGACUUGACCACACCAUUUGAUGAGCCAGUGGAUAUGACUGAAGGGUUAGGCAUUACCAUGCCCAAAGCAACUCCACUUGAAGUUAUCCUCAGUCCACGUCUUCCUGCUGCGAUGUAUGUGCAGCUAUAAUUGUUGAUAUCUGAUAAAAUAAAUUUAAUACAUUGUUGCUACUUAAUUUUACGCCUUGUUUGGACGGUAUAAUAAUGGAGGUUUAUAGCCUUACAUAAGUAUUAUUCUUAUAAUAUAUCUCUAAAACCUAAAUAAUGUAUAUUUUUGUUAAAGGGGAUUUUUAUAUU